CACUGGAACAGUGCCCACGUAUCAUGGCGGCAGCAGGGUUGAGUCCCAACUUUGCUCCCAUGGUAACACACAGCAUCCAUUGUCUCACCGUGGAGGAUAUCCGUUUAUAUUUCAAACCCAACGCAACAGAAGAUAACGGUAUCCCAACCGUGAACUUAGAUGCUAGGAGCAGAGAGAGAAUUCUUCCCAACGCACCUCUGAUCGGAUAUGAUGACGCCUUCAAAACUAAGGCUCUAAAGAGUUUCGACUUGGUGAUGAGGAACAUGAAUAGAACCUGGUGGGGUAUCCCGAAAUACAGCGUCUUGGAGAAGGUAGCUCACGCACUGCACAUGGCAGAGGCUUGGGAAAAUGCUAUGGGGGAGUACAAGAUGAUUGAGAGACUGUUGGACCCAGAAUCCGAUCUCUGUUCUUGUGUCAAAGAUAUCGAGAAUAACGGAAUCAUCAACCAUCUAAACCUCAUCGCUUUCAAGAUAAGAUACCCUGGGAUUACCUCUGGAAAUAAAAAUAUCACAAAUCAGUAUUUGGCUCCAGCAUAUCCGACCGACCCCGCUAUCGAAGAUGCGCACGUAAGAGAGAAGCGAAGCUACAACAGCGGCGUAAUAAUUUAUUCAGUAGGGGGCCCCCCUGAUCCUCCAGGGCAGACGCAGACGGCGCGUAGAUCCUUGAGUUUUGACGAUAUUGACUUCGAUCUCUCGGAUAUAGAGCUGCUUACGGACGUAGCGGAGAAACUGGUUGACAAUCAACAGCCGAUGGGAUAUCAGAUCGACAGUGCCGAACAUUGGGAAUACUGGAGGAACAUGCUGAAACUACCACAAGAUGAAUCUUACUACUAUGAUCUCGCUAUGUUCAUGUUCUGCAAGCUCAACCAACCAGAAAGAUGAACAGAAAGAUGAACAGUAUACAUAUAACGUGAUGAUUCACGAUGAUAAUUUGAAAGUCGAGUCUAUUAUUCGUACUUUUAUUUGACCUUGUAUUUAUCAUUUUUAUACUUUCAACGUUUAAAAUUAUCCUCUUUUAACAGUCCCAACUAAACUAGUUGGUCUAGUUAAACUAGACUAACUAGUGACUGAUAAAAGCAUUUUAAUUUUUUGGGCGAUAAAAGGUUUACAUUGUACUACAAUAUUAUAUUUUGCAUUG